CCGCCUCAGCCCGGGCACUGCCAGGAGCGAGCGGGCACUUCUCCCUCCUUUUGUGCUCCCAGGGAAUCCGUGCGGAGUAAUUGAAAUGCAGGGCUGCAAAGCACUGCUGUAGAAUUCCUUCUUUUUUUCUUCCCUUCGUUCUUGGACCAGGGGGAACAUGUUUGCUGUGGAUUCUUUUUGUUUUAUCAGAGAAUGAGAGGCUGGCUGAAUGCUGAAGAAAUGGCCCUGGAAGAACUGAUGCAAAGAUUAAAUGCGGUUUCCCAGUGCACGGAUGAAAUCAUGCAUCAAGACAUCGUUCCCCUCUAUGCUGCAGAUAUUGAGGACCAGUUAAAGAAGCAGUUUGCUUACCUGUCAGGUGGAAGAGGGGGAGAUGGCUGCCCUGUUAUCACCUUUCCGGAUUAUCCGGCUUUCAGCGAGAUCCCUGAAAAGGAGUUCCAGAACGUCCUGACGUACCUGACGAGCAUCCCAAGUUUACCAGAUGCUGGAAUUGGAUUUAUUCUUGUCAUAGAUCGCAGACAGGACAAAUGGACCUCUGUGAAAGCUUCUAUCCUGCGGAUAGCGGCCUCUUUCCCGGGAAACCUGCAGCUGGUCCUUGUGCUGCGUCCCACGGGAUUCUUUCAUCGAGCGCUCUCGGACAUCGCUUUCAAGUUCAACAAGGAUGAGUUUAAAAUGAAAGUGCCUAUCAUAAUGCUGGGCUCGGUAUCAGAACUGCAGGGUUAUAUUGAUAAAACACAAUUAACAGAAGAACUUGGUGGCACCCUGGAUUACUGCCAUAACAGAUGGCUGUCCUGUCGCACUGCUAUAGAAAGUUUUGCCCAAAUGGUUAAGCAAACAGCUCAGAUUCUUCAGUCCUUUGGGACUGAGUUGGCUGAAACAGAACUGCCAAAUGAUGUGCAAUCAACCAGCUCCCUUCUUGCAGCGCACGCAGAGAAGAAGGACAAAAUGAAGGAGGAUAUAAGGUUAGCUGUAGAACAGGGAGAUGAUAUCCUUGGAAGUAUUACAAAACCAGUUACUGAGAACCCUGAAUACAAACUGAAUCAAGAUCAACUAGACAAUCAAACAACCGUGAAAAGGCUUCUGGCUCAAUUGCAGGAAACGGAGACUGCCUUUGAUCAGUUUUGGACUAAGCAUCAGCAAAAACUCGAGCAGUGCCUGCACCUCCGGCAUUUCGAGCACAACUUUAGAGAGGUUAAAGCAGCUUUGGAUAUUGUGUCCGAGAGACUGUCUGCUUUCACAGAUGUAGGAAACAGCUGCUCACAUGUGGAGCACAUUUUGAAAGAUCUUGCCAWCUUUGAAGAAAAAUCAUGUGAAACUAUAGCAAAGGCCAGAAUGCUAGCCUCAGAGGGAGACCGCUUUAUUCAAAGCAAUCACUAUGCUGUGGACUCCAUUCUUCCAAAAUGCAGUGAGCUUCAUCAUCUCUGUGAUGCUUUUACUGCAGAGACAGAACAGAAGAGGAAUCUUCUGAACAAAUCUCUAGAACUGCAUGGCUUGUUAGAAAAGUCUAUGAAGUGGUGUGAUGAAGGAAUUUAUCUGCUGGCUUCACAGCCUGUAGAUAAGUGUCAGUCUCAGGAUGGUGCAGAAUCAGCAUUACAGGAGAUCGAGAAGUUUCUGGAUACUGGUGCAGGCAAUAAAAUCAGAGAGCUGAAUAAAAUCUACAGGGAGUAUGCACACAUCCUCAAUGAGGACCUGAAGGAGCAUGUGCAAAAGGUAUUUCAGAAGCAGGAAAGCAUGGAGGAAAUGUUCCAGAAGAGACAAGUAAGCCUUAAGAAAUUGGCAGCUAAGCAGACACGUCCCGUUCAGCCAGUUGCACCAAGACCUGAAGCCUUUGUAAAAUCUCCCUGCACUUCUCCAGGUCCUCAAAGAGAGCAUGUCUCCAGCUCAGAAAGCAACGUACUUCGGAGGCUAAACUACAAAAGGACAAAGAGUGAAAUGACUGAACUCCAUCAAAACAGGGGAGGAUCUACAAUGGAUGAUGAAGAAAACCUAGCUGUAUUAAGGCAGCAUGUGAUUAAUGAACUUAUUGAAACCGAACGGGCAUAUGUGGAAGAACUGCUCUGUGUUCUUGAGGGCUAUGCUGCAGAGAUGGACAACCCCUUAAUGGCUCAUCUUAUUCCACCGGAGCUCCAAAAUAAGAAGGAUAUUUUGUUUGGGAACAUGGAGGAAAUCUAUCACUUCCACAACAGAAUAUUCCUGAGAGAACUAGAAAAUUAUGUAGAAUAUCCAGAGCUAGUAGGACGAUGUUUUCUGGAUCAGAUGGAAGACUUCCAGAUUUAUGAAAAAUACUGCCAAAAUAAACCCCGAUCUGAAAGUCUGUGGAGGCAGUUUUCAGACUCCGUAUUCUUCCAGGAAUGUCAAAGGAAACUUGACCACAAGCUGAGUUUGGACUCAUAUUUGCUGAAACCUGUUCAAAGAAUAACCAAAUAUCAGUUACUGUUAAAGGAAAUGCUGAAAUACAGUAAGAACUGUGAAGGUGCUGAAGAUCUCCAAGAAGCAUUAACUUCUAUCCUGGGUAUUCUCAAAGCAGUGAAUGAUUCUAUGCACCAGAUAGCCAUCACUGGCUAUGAUGGAAAUCUGAAUGAGCUGGGCAAGCUUUUGAUGCAGGGAUCCUUCAGUGUCUGGACUGAUCAUAAAAAGGGUCACUCGAAGGUGAAGGAUCUGGCGCGCUUCAAGCCGAUGCAGCGGCACCUCUUCCUCCAUGAGAAAGCAGUGCUGUUCUGUAAAAAGAGAGAAGAGAAUGGAGAGGGAUACGAGAAAGCACCUUCCUACAGCUACAAACACUCCUUGAAUAUGGCAGCAGUUGGAAUAACAGAAAAUGUGAAAGGUGAUGCAAAGAAAUUCGAAAUCUGGUAUAAUGCAAGGGAAGAAGUUUACAUCAUACAGGCACCAACUCCUGAAGUUAAAGCUACYUGGGUAAAUGAAAUAAGAAAAGUGCUGACUAGUCAACUGCAGGCAUGUAGAGAAGCCAGUCAGCACAGGACGCUAGAACAAACCCACAGUUUACCUCUACCAGCAACAUCUUGUACAAGUCCUUCACGGAACAACAUUAGAAAUGCAAARAAAAUGGAAGAGAGAAAAUCUGAUCUCAUGAGUCCUGAAGGUUUUGGCACCACAGUAGCACCAAAGUACCCUGAGAAAGGCAAAGCUUCUCCUACCAGCCCUGACAAAAAAGCUAAACGACAUGAAGUAGUGAGUGACCCAACUCCUCUUGGUCUAAGAGGUUGGGCUAAGACGUCCCAUUCUCUGGAUGCAUCUGAAGAAAAUGAUGGCUGGUCUAGUGCCGAUGACCCGCUGAAUUCCUCGGAUGCGGAGGAGGAAGGAAGAGAAGGAGGAGGAGAGAUGAAACUGGCUCCUGGCAAAUACACCGUUGUGACUGAUUAUGAGAAAGGAGUUUCCGAAGAAUUUACAGUGAAAAGUGGGGAUCUAGUUCAACUGAUUCGAGAAGGGGAGGAUGCACUUUGGUAUGUGAAGAAUCUGAGCACUGGUAGAGAAGGUUGGAUCCCAGCAAACAAUCUGCUGAUGCUCAUAGGCAAUUCAAAAUCAGCYCAAUCUUUAAGCAGCUCUGAAUCAGGCACUGCAUCCAGCACUCUGAGCACAUCAUCAAGUUGCAGUGACAGCUGCAAUGCCAGCAGCACCAGCUCCGUGGACAUUAAGGGCUGACAUGAAGUUCUCAUCCCACCUCCAGGGAAGGUGGAAAUCUGGGAUUUGUCAUCUUGGGCAGAGUUGUGAAUGCUGCACUCGGGUGGAGAACUGCUACUUUGUGUGGCUGCCUCUGUAUAUUUGCAUUGGUGACUUUUAUAGAGGGUCUCGCAGAAGAUUCCAGUGAAAAGUGCAUGGAAKGGGAAGCUGUAAAUAAAAGUUAAAGAUUUGAAAUUAGGACUUGAAGAGGCUUCUGCUCUGAAGUCUGAAGCUCCAGAGUUGCUGGCAUCCAACAUGUUUGCUCAUAGAUGCACAAUCAGGUUGCUACAGAAGUGUGUCAUUUCAUUACAGCCACAAUCUGAUUGGGAGCCAACAAAAUGUGUUCAGUGCUAAUUCCUUAUUGUAAAUUAAUAAAUUAGCAAUCACUGUACAGGAUAGGCAUAGGGAAAAUCAACCCAAGUUUACAAUUUCUUCUCCCCACACCCCUUUCUCCAGGGAUGUUCCUUGGUCAGUGCAGUGACUGGGACUCUUGCAGCAAAAAGGAAGGAGGUUUGGCCCAACUGUUUCUCUUGUCUCGAGUCCUCAUGAGACUCUUUGCAGUAAAAUACUUCCUAGAAGCUGUGGUGCAGAAAGGACCAGUUCACUGACCACAGCAGCAUCAAAAGAAAAMGCUGGUUUUCUUUUCAGACCUUUUCUGUGUGCAGUGGGGUAGCCGUUUUCUGAGGUAUUUUGUCCUCCCAACCAAAUUCUUUACCAAUAUCACUGUUUACAUAACCUUGGCAAUUCAGUGGUAUCUUUUUGUUCUUAAUGCAAGUGCACGGUGAAACAGGAAAUGUGUUYACUAAAUUUCGUAGUAAUCUGCAAUUGCAUGGCUACCUUCACUUCUAUCUUUUAGCAUGUAGUUACAGGCAAAGAAAACCCUUGCAUUUGCACUAUGGGUCAAGAACCUUCAUUCAUACCAACCUCUACGGGGUAAAAAAGUGACUCUUUUUAGUCAAUAGUUUUGUGGCAUGCUUAGUCAAAAGCAAAUUACAUAAAUUUUCUAUUAAAGAGAAGAACAGGAAAAAAAUGUUAAUCAGAUUUGCGCUAUAGAAAAAAUUUACUUUUUUUGAAGAAGGAUAAUGUUAAACUUAGUGUCUUUUCAAGCUGUGUUGUAAGCCAAUGAUGUAAAUUUUGUCAGGUCCUUUGCACUUCAUCCUUACCAACAGUACAGGAACUUGUGCUAGUCAUGUAUGCAAUACUGUGGCCAUUCCUUGCCAUCUCCAAUAUUUUUACUUACAUGAAAGUGUUUUAACCUGUCUCAUGUAUUAUAUUAUUUAAAAUAAGAUGGAAGAGCUUCAUUUUUCCAAAGCAGCAAGUAGCAGCAAGCUGUCAACAAGAACUUCUGUUAAUUAUCAGACCCUCUAAUGACUGAGCUCCAAAGUCUCUGUUUUUCUUCAGAAAUUGAGAUUUUUAGAGGCUGCAUUUGGGAAAACUUAAAAGAAACCCUCUAGAGAAUGAUCUUACUCCUGACUUAUAAAAGUAAUCCUGUCUCAGAUGCAAGCAAAAUGUAGCUGACUGUGGUCAAUACAAACUGAAAACACAUGUAUGUACA